AUGAAGAGAAAAGGAGAAAGAGGGAAAGGGAGAGAGAGACAGAGAAAGGGAGGAAGAAUUAAUAUGAAUUAUUUAAACGAAAAUUUGGGAAGAGCUCUAUCCAUGCUCACUACAAAAUGUGGGUGUAUACCUUUCAAUCUGCGCAAUGGGUUUUUUAGGUGUGCGCAAUUGUCCUCACCUUUCACUCCUAUGGUUUAUCGCAGCAACAGUUAUUCUUCCUUAGAUGAAUGGCCUUACAAGGCUAAACAAGCUCCUAUGGUUGUCGAAAGGUUAGCGAGUCUAUCCAGCCCGAGGAACCACUUUGUCUGA